AUGGUGGCUGUGACACUCUUGCUAGGCGGCGUGAAACUUCAGGGGACCGAGGUUGACGGACACUUCCUGGUGCCGGCGGAAAGCUUUUGGGCUGCGGGCGGGGUCGUGGAGCGCGCGCCUGACGCAGCCCCCGCUUCCCCUACGCCCAGCCGAUCCCCCACGGGGCCAGCGCGCAGCCCAUCCAGCAGUCGGUCGCGCAGUCGCAGCCCGCCACGACGCAACAGGCCUCCUACCCCACCGCCGGCGCGUGUGCGGCCGACUCGAGCUGUGGUGCCCGAGCGAGUUCGCCGUAAGCGCGUGCACCGAGGGUGCCGGUCGGGGGCCCAGGCUAGGGCGAGGCGCGAGUUGUCGGGUAGUGAGUCCCCGCCACCAGCGCGACCACCGCCGCCGCAGAGCUCGUCACCUUUCGGGGUUCCCAUUCGGCUUGACUCCAACCAGUCCCCCUUCAGCACCAGGCCAGCUGUUUCGCCCUUCCUUGCCUUUAGUCCAGUUCGCCCAGUGCCUGGACCGUCGCCUUUCCUGGCUCAGCCGGCCUGGACGCGCAUCGGGCUGAUUGAGUCGGUGCCUGCCCGAUCCUGGCCGCUGGCGCCCUUGGGCCGCCGCGGCCGGGUCGGGGGUUGCCGCCUCGGUCACCUACUCGUGGUUCAUUUGCAGGCUGACUGGUGGAUCAGGUUUGUAAUUUCAGUGUGCCGGUUUGAAGACGUGCACUCCAGUCCAGUGCACACAAUUCUUGGAAGGACCGGCCGCAGGCGCCUCGGGGCAGCCGCUGGCCGCGUUUUGUCAAGCUGGGGCCUCAUUGCUGUUGCGUGCCGUGUUUGCUCGCUUCGUCUUGCACACGGCUUUCAGGAAGCCUUUGGCGCGGCGCUUAUUUUUGAGGCGGGGGUGCGUGGGGUGUGUUUCCGUGGAAAAGGCAUCGACAAGAGCCCGCGGCCGCACCCUCGCCACUGGUUGAGCCUUUGCGCCCCGCCAGCAGCUGUCCCGUUUUUGCUCAGGCAGAAGCGCCUCCUCGGCAGCCGCCUUGCAAGUUUUUGUCCGGCCCCCGGUUCACCCAACAGGCUUAGCGGGCGUACGGCCGCUGGCGCUUCCGAGGCUGCCGUGGCUGUCCGUGCGCCUUCUGGCAGCCACCUGACGCGUGCCCACCACGGCCUUCACGGAACCAAAGGACAAAAAGUCUGCACUGCGUGGAUGGCUCGCCGCAUCUCUCGGGCGGAUACGCCGGAUCGCUGUCGUCGCCAACCGUCCCCGGUUCUCUCCGUCGCUUCGCGGUCGCCGCCGCCCAGCUCCUCCGGCAGUGCCACGCCGAGGGCGCCGGAGGCGGAGCUCGACUCGUGUUGCGUGUGUUUGGAAGCCCUCCAACCGAGCGUGUCUGGAGAGCGCGCGCCGCGGCCGUUCCCGACGUGUGCGCGUCACCAGCUGCACCUCGGGUGCUUAGCCCAGUUCCGCGCGCAAGCCUCCCGUCCAGCCGACUUACUAUGCCCCUUGUGCCGCCACAGUCGCUGCCCCGCGUGCGAGCCGGAAGGGUGGACGGCCCGACACGACGCGGCGUUGCGCGACGAGUGCGCGCGACAGGGUGUGCAGAUGCCGGCUCGGCGUUCUGGUGAAGAGACUGUGCGGGAAGCCGUGCAGGAUUACGCGCUCCGCACCUUCACCUCCAACGACGCGCCCGAACCGCCGCCGCCUCCAGGCGUCGUUGUGCUGUGCUGCAACCGUGUUGCGGCCACGCGCGGAGCAGGCGGGGUCAACUUCGUUGCUUUGCCGCACCGCGACAUGGACUGGGCGCCGCAGCCGAUUAGGCACGAAGCGGGCAUUGCAGCGUGGCGACCGGCCUGGCUGUGCCCUGGUUGCGCUCGGGAUGUCCAGCUGGAUGACAUCCAUGUCCCGGCAAAUGCCGGACAGACUUGCGGGGGUUGCGGCAGUCGGCUGUGGUGGGAAUACGACCGUGCCAUCGAACGUGGGCGACUUCGCUGCUCUCACGGUUGCAACCGGCCAGCAGAGGAGCUGCGGGCGCCCGAGCCCGUCAGGCCAGCGCCGCCGGCGCUCCCACACGUGUCUGGGCGCGGAGGUGGCAGUGCGUUCUGGCUGUCGCGCGGCCCACCUACAGGCGAUGUGCGGGAAAGCACCAACUCCUGGCUGUACGUUCCGCUUCUCCAUGCAGCUGCGGCGGAUCUCGCGGUCGCUGCGCUUGCGGAAUGGCGAGCAGACCCGCGUGCUGCCAGCUGGUGGGAAGAAGCCCGUCACGUGCUCAUGGCGUCCGAGCCCGUCAGCCCGCAAACGCUGGUGGCAGCUGUAGUCCGUGCUGUGGAGGCCGCGCCAACACACGAGCAUCACCUGCCUGACCUCGUCUCACGCAUCCAGGAUGCGGGGCUGCCCAGCAGUGCGCGUGUCCACGUCGGAUGGGCGGUCCGCCAGCUCCGGGAGCCGGAUGCGUACUUGCUCGCGCCCGUGCAGGAGGCCUUGCUCGAGUGCUACGGAGGCAUGCAGCUGGCGUCGGCGCUUGACCGGCAUUCCGAUCGCUUCCGCGCCAUGCCGGCCCCGGGCGCCGCUCCCCCUCAUGGAGAAGUCGCCGAGACAUCCGCGCGCGGCGGGCGGGGACGCCGCCGUGGGCGGGGCCGUGGCGUUCCGCCGGCUUCUGGGGCGCGUCAGCGUGACCAUGAUUCGUCGGGCAGCGAUACUGCUGCGGCCCCGGUUCCAGACCACGCCCAGGUGCCGGAUCGACAGCCGGUUUCCCUUCCCGACUUCCCUCGCCCGGGUGAGGAGGCUGCGUGGAUUGCAGCGCGCCUCGGCGCCUUCCUGCCGCCCAGCUUGGGGGGCCUGGGCUUGUUGGCUGCAGAGCGGGUUGUGGGCGGCAGGUGGGGCGAGGAGUGCCAGCGCUUCGUUCGCCAGCUCCUGCGUCUCCGCGUUCAGAGGGCCCCUGCAACCCUGCGUGCCACGGCGGCCCAGGGGUGGGCAAGGCGAUGGUGGGGCCUGCUCUCGGUCGCCGUGCAGAGGGCAGUUGCCAGCACGGCCCUGGGUGUCUGGACGAUGCCGGCGCUGCCGGGCUCGCCGGACGGGGUCCCCCUCGCUGAUGUCCUUGAGCUCGCCGAUUUCGCGGGGCCCAGACCGUGGUCCACUAGCAGCAGGAACAGUCUGACGCUUGUAAUGUUUCACGUGGACCCGAACGGGCGAAAGCGAAAGCGAAAGCCGAAGGCCCUGGUCGCUGAGCCACGUGCGCCUGCCUCUGACGAGACGUUCCGGGAGCUGACUGACCCUGCCCGCCGCUUGCCCCAGCCAUACAGGCCCAUGCCUCCCGACGUUCUGCAGUUUGUGCCUGAAACGCCGGUUGCGCUAGCUGGGUCUGCGGUCUUUACAAACCUCCGACGGGCCCGCAAAGCUGCUGCGCCCGGGCCGGGCGGCCGAUGGAAGCACUUCGUCCCAAAGAUCUUUGUUGUUAUUGCUUCCCGUGUUUCUGCGAUUGCCGACCGAAUCUGGGUGGACAGGUGGCCGCAUGUGCUAUUGGGAUUCUCACGCAAGUUUGACGGCGCAGUUCGUGGGCUCCGGCACGUCCAGAACUGUUUGCAAGCCAUGGCACUGGCUGAGCUGCGGGGCACGCGCAUGCAAUGCAGUUUGCCCGCGCGCGGUUCAGGUGAUUGGACUGCAGAACGCUGUCGAAAUGCGAAAGGAUUGUUCAACCAACAACGCCUCAAUAACAUCACGGGUGCGUGCUGCAUAUUGGUUGGGGCACGGGUAGCAUCGACACGGACAUUGUGCAUCAGUCGAGCCGCUAAGGCGAAGACCAAAAAGAAGUCACAAUCCAAAAAGUUUGGACCGAAAAAGUUGAAGAGUGGCUAUUGGCAAGAAGACUUGGACGUUGAUGAUGAUAUUGAUGUUUUCGAAUGGUUCAAUGCAGAGGAGCUCCUGGCAGAUCCACCUGCCAAGGUUAUUAACCUUCAAGAAGUGGCAAAAUACACCAUACGCCCAGAUAGUCCUCCAGAAGAGUUUGAUGCUCCGGACUAUCGGCCACCACCGCCUGGAUUACAACUUGCAAAGGGGCUGAAGGAUCCGCCCCAAGUCGAUCAAGGCAUUGAGCGCUCCUUCACGGCGGACAUGCGCGAUGAGCUUGGGCAAUUUGCCAAGGACGGCUUUGAGCUUGAGAACGCCGAUGUGGUGAUCAGCUUCCCUGCCUUGCGAACACUCCUAGCAUUCGUGGAUGGGACACUUACAGAAGACAUGCGCGCCAAAGGAUUGAACAACCGACGUGGGAGCCAAGCUGAACGCAUAGACCUUUGUCGAGUAGGGCGGUUGCCUGAUGCGCCAGCUUCAAUUUUCAUUGGAACAGUGUGGAAUUGGGUGCCUGAGAAUGCAACUGCAGGCACCGCAAAUUUCAACAAACGCUCUUAUGAUGUAAAUUUUGAGCAGGUGGUGUCAGGAAAGGAAACCGUUACGGGUCCGUUUUUUGUGCGUGAACUGGACGACCCCGUGCACUACAGAGUUGUAGAGUAUCAAGCCGGAGAUCUCAGACUCCUGGUCCGCGUGCCCAUCGCAUGCACCAUGCCGCGAAUGGAUGAUGAGGCCAUGCCGAACCCUGGCAUGGGUGUCGAAUGUUCCACCGCCAACGAGCGUGAUGCUGGUGAGGUUUGGGGCCACACGUUGAGCUCCAAGUUUGCAGAGAUGCAGCUCGGCAACAUUGGCAUGCUGGCGCGGGGGGUUGUUGACAAGGGCACCAUCGUGGAGCUGCAGGAGCUGACUCAAGACGAUCUCAAGCUUGACAGGCCAGGCCUGGCGGAGGAGACAGAAGCCUUGAUGGGCAGGCUAGUGGGUUUGCUCAAGCGGGUCAAAGAAGUAGCAGAUUGUCCAGGUUGCUGUGGCCGAGUCUUAUACCUCCAGUACUGCGAUGCAGAGCUCCGCCUCAUAUCACCUUGGUCGGAUGAGGACCUGGAGAUGUUAGAAAGCUUUCCAGAUGUCAGCGACCGUGAAGUGGAGCAGAUGUUGUUUGGUGAGGACGUCUUGUUUGCACAGCAGAAGAAGCGAGAACUCGCAUCCGAUCUCGGACGAAAGGAGUUUGGCUUCUCACACGAAGAAUUUGAAGACGAGUCGGGGUUCUAUGAAGGAACUUUCAAGCUCAAGACUCGGAAUGGUUGCGGCGUGCUCGUGGAAAACAACUCAGGCAACACAUACCAUGGCCAGUUCUUAAACGAUAGGAAGCACAAGCACGGCUUACAAAUUUGGGGAGACCAGUCUUCUUACGACGGCCAGUGGGAGCUUGGAUCCAAACAUGGUCAGGGCAUUUUCCAAUCAGAGACCAGCAAGUAUGAUGGAAAAUGGGCUGACGGCCUAAGACAUGGUUUUGGCAAACAGGUUUAUGCGAACGGUGAAGAGUUCGAAGGCGUGUGGUGGAAGGGCCAGUGUAGCGGGCCAGGCGUGUACUACCACAACGACGGCUCCGAGUACCAUGGUGGUUGGGCUGCAGGGAAACGACAUGGGGCCGGCAUGUACUUCGGAUCUAGAAGCCAAAAGGAACACCACGUAUAUGAGCAAGGUGUGCUUGUUCAACGGAAAGUACUUGAGCCAGGGUCCAAGCCACCACGAGGCCAACGUGCAGGACAGCCGAUGCAUUGUGACAAGCUUUUGGCAAUGCAGAAUCGGUUGGACAUACUGAGGGACACGCUUUUUGAUGCUGCUCCACAUGAUGGCCACCUUUCCGUGAAGGAUUCAACCAUACUUGAUCUGUCCGCCCCAUCCAUCCGACGUCAGAUCGCAGCUGCCACUGUCGCAGAGAUUAAGCGUGGGAUGGUGAACUUGGAGGACAGCCUGUCGGUGCAAGAGAUUUCAGUGUGCGAAUCUGCUCAAGAUGACAAAGAUUUGUGCUAUGCUCUUGUUGGGACCAGCUUGCCCAACAUGAUCCAGCAGGUACGGGACGCAUCUGCCACGUUCAUGUUGCAAGACGCAGCAUCGCAGAAUAGGAAGCUGGUUGCGAUAUGGGCUUCAAGGUGGCUAUUCCUUUGCACAGCUCUGAGCGCGACAGCUGCGUGGAAAGUUCGCCACGAAGCCCGUGACAACUUCAGUGGAUCUUUGGGAGAUAACCCUUCUUGCCAGCGUCAUGUCUGCGGUCAAGGCUGGGCCCCGAAGCCCGAUCACCACAAAAGACGCGGAAACACUGAUGCGGCGUGCUGUGACAAGACAUGCGCUCUGUGGACAUGCACUAAUGGAUAUGCGGCCAACGCUGCAUAUGCAACGAACGUCUACCAGAGCAACGACAUGUGCUGCGACGAGACCUGCGCGCACGUGCCAUGCAACCAGGGCUACAAGAACAGGGGGGCCUCGGUGCACGCUAUAUCGCAAGAUGCAUGCUGUGAAGUGACUUGUGAGCUCUUCAGCUGCCCUGGCAACUGGAGCCAAAAGCCGGGACCUGCAAGGGUUGGAAACGACCUGAAGACCUGUUGCACUCCACAUUGCGCUUUGUUCAACUGCGAAGCACUUGGAUGGGAACCCGACCUGGCAGCUUCUGGCCGAAUCGGAAGUAGCAAGGCGGAGUGCUGCAAGAAGACGUGUUCUUCAUGGACCUGCCCGGCUGGAUAUGCUGUACCUGCGAGCAAGCUACACCUAGAGUUGCCCAGCGACGAGAAAUGCUGUGAGCAGAGAUACUGCUCGGCAUUCAGCUGUGACGGCGGUUGGAACCGCAACGACACCGCAAGAGACCAAAUAGGUCAAUCGAAGGAGGAGUGCUGCAUUGCGACCUGUGCUGUUUACCGGUGCGAUGCUUCCGAUGGCUGGGCAACAUCAGCUUCUAAGAGCCACCUGGUUGGGAAUGAUGCCCAAACAUGCUGUGAGCCAGCUUGCAACAGUCACACCUGCAGCAAGAAUUGGGUGCCAAACAAGCUUGUCCGUGACAAGCCCGGGCAAACGGACGAACUUUGUUGCACGAAGUCAUGCAGUUUGCAUGAAUGCCGUGAAUCUAUGGGAUGGAAGACGAAUGAGCAAGCUGCGGCACUGCCAGCGGACAGUGAUGCGACUUGCUGCCUGUCAAUGUGCAGCAGAUAUUCCUGCAGUUCUGGGUGGAUUACAAACCCAGACAAUUCCGACAAGGAGGGCAGCAGCGAUGACUUGUGUUGCACGAAGACUUGCCGGGCUUUCCAGUGCGAUUCUGGAUUGGGAUGGCUGCAGGACCCUGCGGCUUUGGAUAAGGUGGGCAGCAACGUUUCGAGCUGCUGUAUUCCCUCAUGCAGUCAGCACCACUGCAGUGAAGGCUGGGUAGCAAACGCAGCUAGCUCAAACACUGCCGGCGACACCGACGAACAGUGCUGCCAGAAGUCAUGCAGGAUGCAUUCAUGUGGUGGUGCCCCUUGGCCUGAGAAUGGCUCUUUGGUCAAAAAGCUGAACAUGGACGACGCCCCUGGUGAGACGGAUGAGGUUUGCUGCGAGCCGGCCGACUGCCAGGCGUGGCCACGCCAGUUCGGCGAAGCCAAGCAGGGUUGUGAACGGGUUCCCAUCAAUCAGGACUGCAAUGACAUGUACGAGAAAUCUACGGCAGAAGAUGGCUCUGUGGCUCUUACUCGAUGUGGAUAUCUGUACCAAGGAGGCCAAGUGUUUCGAUGCGGCUCGCUGGAGCAGUCCAAGCUGAGCUGCGGGCGCUAA